AUGUACCCUGCCAAGAUGGCUCUGUGCCCUCCCCCUAGUCCUCUGGUACCGUCCAAGCUGGCAGACAUGCUACGUCAGUCGAUUGCACCGCAAUUUCUCGAGGUCAUCUGCAGUGGCCCGCCGAAUCACAAAGCCACAAACCCAUCAGGUGUGACUGCUCCUCGUCGCUACAUGCGGCGUGACGCUUGUUUCAUGAGUUGUACAUCGGGAACUACUGUUUCGCUAGCCAAACAUUGCAAAUUCUACAUGGCCCUCAAUGACCCGGUGCCUGUCCGCUAA